AUGCCAUCUCCCACUACACUCCUGUUCCAGGCCAUUUUGGUUCAUCUUGUCACUGUCACCUGGAGCUGGCAGCUCUUCCCAGACUCGGAGGUCGGCGACUACAGUGAGAAAUGCGCAGACGCUCUUGCAACCAACAUUACAUCCUGCAUUCCAGCGGUGGGCGGCAUCAGCACUGACACUUUCUACUCUCAGCACGCCCUCGAUGUCAUUUGCAAGACCAAAUGCCGCGACGAGUUGAGAAAUUACGAGAAAGCUGUGACAGAGCAAUGCCGUGGAGCCUUUUACACCAACGACUGGGGCACCGAGAACCCCAUAUCUGCUGUUGCAAGCACCCUGGUUUUCAACUUCGACCAGGUCUGUUUGAAGAAUGAAGGACAAUAUUGCAAUCUCGUGCUGGGGAAUCUGACCCAGAACGGAGGCGACGAGUGUAACAAGUGCCUGCUGCUGCAACUGCGAGACCAGGCCCAGUUUCCCUAUGGAAGCGGGCCUGCUGUCUACUCGAGCGUCUAUCCCAGCUUUACUUCCUCUUGUAAAUUCACAGGCUAUCCAGCGACAGUUGUUCCUCGUCCUUCAUCCUCCCCCUCUUCCACACCGACAUCCUCUUCCUCAGCGUCACCCACGGCCACCGGCUGCAGCGGCACAAAAUACACGAUUAAAGAAGGAGAUACUUGUCAAUCUGUCUCCAAGUCUCAGAGCAUCGCAACCUUCCAACUGCUGCUGGAUAAUAAUCUUCGAGCUUAUUGUGCCAACUUCCCCAAAGCAGGCGAUCUGUGCAUUAAGAAUAAGUGUUCAACAUACACAGUGCAGAAGGGCGACACCUGCAAGAGCGUCGCGAAGGCGCAUAACAUCUCGACUGUGCAGUUACGGUCCUAUAACCCUUGGAUUGACGGAGGAUGCUACAACUUCAACCGAACAAUCGGCACUGAAAUAUGCAUGGACGAGCCAGGAGACAAAUACCAUGCACCAUCCAGUGUAGUUACGUCCACGGCCGUCCCCUCUACGGCCAGCACUGCAGUGCCUACGCCAACCAACGUCGCGGACAACAGUACGCGGACUUGCGGCAAGUACUAUGAGAUCAAGAAGGGCGAUAGCUGCGAUACCAUCGUCCAGGAGCUUUUGAUCAGCCGAGAGGACUUUCUCAUUCUGAACCCGGGUCUGAAUACCAACUGCACCAACCUCCUUCUGGGCGUCAGCUACUGCGUUCUCCCAGUUGGCGACAUGGAGAACUAUCCUGGUGCGCCUGGCUACAUGCCUUCGAUCUCCAAGAUCCCAUGGGACAGUCUACCGGACGCAACCUACACGCCCAUGCUGAAACCAGACAAGUUGCCACUUGCCCCACGUACCGUCAGAGACUGCGCAACAAUAUUCGAUGGCAGAGAUUUGCAAUUCAACCUGCCGGGUGUCAGCGGCUGCCAAGUCGUCCACGCCUUCUGGGGAGUCUCUGUGGCUGAUCUGCUGCAGUGGAACCCGUCGCUUAAAGGAACGAGCAACAACUCUACCGACUGCAGCUUCAGCAAGGAAUACCGCUAUUGUAUAGACAAGGGAUCGGGGGCCGCGACAUCGACCUCACCUACGCCGUCCUCAAGCAGACUGGCUGUAUGA